GGGCGGGCCGGCGCAGGCGCAGUGCGGCGCGCGCGCCUGAGCGCGGGAAGCGUCCGGGCGCCGGUGGUUGCCUCUGGUUUCUCCAGUCCGUGAGGCUCAGGCGCCUUGGGAAGGGAAGGACAAGAUGCCUGCCACACAGAAGCCGAUGAGAUACGGACAUACGGAGGGACACACGGAUGUCUGUUUUGACGAUUCUGGGAGUUGUAUUGUGACUUGUGGAAGUGAUGGUGAUGUGAGGAUUUGGGAAGACUUGGAUGAUGAUGAUCCUAAGUCCAUUAAUGUUGGAGAAAAGGCAUAUUCAUGUGCUUUGAAGAGUGGAAAAUUGGUCACUGCAGUAUCUAACAACACUAUUCAAGUCCAUACAUUUCCUGAAGGAGUUCCAGAUGGUAUAUUGACUCGCUUCACCACAAAUGCAAAUCAUGUGGUCUUUAAUAGUGAUGGUACAAAAAUCGCCGCUGGAUCUGGUGACUUUCUAGUCAAAGUUGUAGAUGUGAUGGAUUGCAGCCAACAGAAAACAUUUCGAGGACAUGAAGCCCCUGUUUUAAGUCUUUCCUUUGAUCCUAAGGACAUCUUUCUGGCAUCAUCUAGUUGUGAUGGAUCUGUCAAAGUGUGGCAAAUUUCAGAUCAGACAUGUGCUAUCAGUUGGCCACUGCUACAAAAGGUCAAUGAUGAGAUAAAUGCAAAAUCAAUCUGCAGACUUGCUUGGCAGCCAAAAAGUGGGAAGUUGCUAGCAGUUCCUGUGGAAAAAUCUGUUAAGUUAUAUAGAAGAGAAACUUGGAAUAAUCUAUUUGAUCUUUCAGAUAAUUUUAUCUCUCAGACCCUCAAUAUCGUAACCUGGUCUCCUUGUGGGCAUUAUUUAGCUGCAGGGAGUAUUAAUGGAUCAAUUAUAGUUUGGAAUGUGGAAACCAAAGAUUGCAUGGAAAGAGUGAAACAUGAGAAAGGUUAUGCAAUUUGUGGCCUGGCCUGGCAUCCUACUUGUGGUCGAAUAGCUUAUACUGAUGCAGAAGGAAAUCUAGGGCUACUGGAAAAUGUUUGUAACCCCAAUGGAAAGAUAUCAAGCAGUAAGGUAUCUAGCAGAGUGGAAGAGGAUUACAAUGAUCUUUUUGAUGGGGAUGAUACAAGUAAUGCUGGUGAUUUUCUAAAUGACAGUACGGUGGAGACCCCCUCUUUUUCAAAAGGGAUUAUAAAUGAUGAUGAGGAUGAUGACAUCAUGCUGGCUUCAGGCCGUCCUAGACAGCGAAGUCACUUCCUAGAAGAUGAUGAAAACUCAGUUGAUAUUACACUGCUAAAAACUGGUUCUAGUCUUCUGAAAGAGAAGGAGGAAGAUGAUCAAGCAGACAGCAUUUACAACCUACCACUUGUAACAUCCCAAAGGCCAUUGUAUGAUGGGCCAAUGCCAACUCCCCGGCAAAAGCCAUUUCAGUCAGGUUCUACACCCUCGCAUCUCACUCACAGAUUCAUGAUGUGGAACUCUAUUGGAAUCAUUCGCUGCUAUAAUGAUGAGCAAGACAAUGCCAUAGAUGUGGAGUUCCAUGAUACCUCUAUACACCAUGCAACACACUUAUCCAACACUUUGAAUUAUACAAUAGCAGAUCUUUCCCAUGAAGCUAUUUUGUUGGCAUGUGAAAGCACUGAUGAACUAGCAAGCAAACUUCACUGCCUACACUUUAGUUCUUGGGAUUCAAGCAAAGAGUGGAUAGUAGACAUGCCCCAGAAUGAGGAUAUUGAGGCCAUAUGCCUUGGCCAGGGUUGGGCUGCUGCUGCCACUAGUGCCUUGUUCCUUCGAUUGUUUUCUAUUGGAGGAGUUCAGAAAGAGAUCUUCAGUCUUCCCGGGCCAGUGGUGUCAAUGGCAGGACAUGGAGAACAGCUUUUCAUUGUUUAUCAUAGAGGAACAGGAUUUGAUGGGGAUCAGUGUCUUGGAGUUCAUUUGUUACAGAUGGGGAAAAGGAAACAACAAAUUUUGCAUGGCGAUCCUCUUCCUCUCACAAAGAAAUCCUACCUUGUAUGGGUUGGAUUUUCAGCUGAAGGUACCCCCUGUUUUGUGGAUUCAGAAGGCAUUGUUCGAAUGCUUAACAGAGGGCUUGGGAAUACGUGGACUCCUGUGUGCAAUACAAGAGAACACUGCAAAGGAAAAUCUGAUCACUACUGGGUGGUUGGUAUCCAUGAAAAUCCCCAGCAACUGAGGUGCAUUCCUUGUAAAGGCUCUCGGUUUCCUCCCACCCUUCCACGCCCUGCUGUAGCCAUAUUAUCCUUUCAACUUCCUUACUGUCAGGUUGCAACAGAGAAGGGACAAAUGGAGGAACAGUUUUGGCGUUCGGUUAUGUUUCACAACCACCUUGAUUAUUUAGCUAAAAAUGGUUAUGAAUAUGAAGAGAACACUAAAAAUCAAGCAAUAAAAGAACAACAGGAACUUUUACUGAAAAUGCUUGCACUUUCCUGUAAACUGGAGCGAGAAUUUCGUUGUGUGGAACUUGGUGAACUGAUGACUCAAAAUGCUGUGAAUUUAGCCAUUAAAUAUGCCUCUCGUUCUCGGAGAUUAAUAUUGGCCCAAAAACUUAGUGAAUUAGCUGUAGAGAAGGCAGCAGAAUUGGCAGCAACCCAGGUGGAAGAAGAGGAAGAAGAGGAAGAAGGAGAUUUCAGAAAAAAACUGAGUGCUGGUUACAGUAAUACUCCUACAGAGUGGAGCCAGCCAAGGUUCAGAAAUCAAGUUGAAGAAGAAGCAGAAGACACUGGGGAAGCUGAUGAUACAGAAGAAACAUCAGAAGAACCUAAGUAUGGGCAGAACCCAUUUUCCAAAAGUGCAAAUUCCUCUGAUGUGCCAGCUGUUAAGUCAGGUGCAGUUACCUCCAGUAACCCAGGACGAGUAAACCCCUUCAAGGUAUCGGCCAAUUCUAAAGAGCCAGCCAUUUCAGUGAAUUCAGGACGUUCUAAUAUUUUAGAUAAUAUGAACAAGUCAUAUAAGAAAUCUACUGCACUUAAUCGAGCUACAAACGAUGAAAAGUCUCCAGUAAUAAAGCCUCUAGUGCCAAAGCCAAAAUCUAAGCAGGUAUCUGCAGUAUCCUAUUUCCAGAAAAGGACUUCUCAAGUUGAUAAGACUGAGGAAGUGAAAGCAGAAAAUCCUAAAAAUUCGUCAUCUGAAACCCCAGCUAUGAGUCCUCAAAACAAUGAAAACCAAAGGCCAAAGACUGGGUUCCAGAUGUGGCUGGAAGAAAACAGAAGUAAUAUUUUGUCUGAUAACCCUAACUUUUCAGAUGAAGCAGACAUAAUAAAAGAAGGAAUGCUUCGAUUUAGGGUAUUAUCAACUGAAGAAAGGAAGGCAUGGACUACCAAGGCCAAACGUGGAACUGCAAGUGAUGGAGCUGAAGCAAAGAAGCGAAAACAUGUGGCCGACGAAAGUGAAGAAACUGAACACCAGAAAGAAAAAGCAAAGGAGAAUCUGAAUUUGCCUAAAAAGCAAAAACCUUUAGAUCUUUCUACGAAUCAGAAACUGUCAGCUUUUGCAUUUAAGCAGGAAUAGAGUAAGAAAGUGGCCUUUGGAAAGUAAUGGAUUUUUUAAAAUUUAUCUUUGAUGAAUCUGGACUUUUAAAAAGUCUUUAGGAAACUCUCUAUAUUUUUUUAAAGAGUUUAAAGAAAAUUGUUUGCCUUUAUAAGAUCAUAGUAACUAUACUAUUACCUUAUCCUGUGGUAUUUGUCUUUCUGAUUGGCUUAUUUCACUGUCAUUUGGUUUAAUGGUGGAGGUAGCAGGGGAUGUGUAAAAACUAUCAUUUCUACAGAUUGCUCUAUCCCCAAAAUAGAGGGCCAUUUGCAAGGUCUGAAAACCUGAGCAUUGAAAUACCUUGUAGGGAUUUCCUCUUUUGGUUAUCAGGGACUGCUCCCUGUCUAUACUGGACCGAGGGGGCCAUGGUUUUUAAUAUGGGCCCUAAACAUGUAAAUACUUUUGUAGAUGAGAUGUUUUGUUUUGGAAAUUUCUUCAUAUGUGGCUUUUAAUUAUCCUCAUAGCCUAGUUGUUGUUUUUUUAAAUAAAACUUUUACAUUUUCAUAUUUAA